GCGCACCUGAGCGAACUGCCGGACUCUGGAGCCCCAUGCGGACGCCGCAGAAGGCCGGGGCUGCGCCCGCCGAUGACCGGUCGCCCGGCAUGGUGAAGCGCGCGCGCCAUGUGCCCGCGGCGCCGUGGCCUAGGAGGCAACAAGCCAACUUCACAGUGGUGAUUCGGACGACGCUCUUCGUCGCCCUGGCCUGCGCGUUGCUGGCCUGGGGCGCGCGCGUCGGGAGCGCGCUCUUCUCGGACGGGGAGGACGCCCAAAUUUUGGUCCAUGAUAGGUGUCCUCCUCCUGCUUCGCGUUUCGUGCGCGCGAGGCCACUCCCUGGUGGUAAAUCUACUUCUGAGUUGAUAGCCAGGGCGAAAAGUAGCGGAGAACCAUGUGUGCAGCGUCCUCGCACGGUCGUGACGAUGUCGUCGUUCUACGGGCGGCACCAGAAUUUACCACUUGUGGUCGAGUCGAUACUGGCGCAGACGUGUCCCCCGGACCGGAUCUACGUGUUCCUUUCCUUGGCUCCGUUGAUCGAUCGAGAAUUUAGACACAACAAGACGCGGAGUAUCGGGUACUGGCGCGGCGUCCGACGACUCCACGCGACGAUGGCGCGUGGGGUAGAUUACACCACACGCGACGACGUAGCACCUGUACGCCAUCGACGCGACGCGCGACGGCGCGAAUCUGCCGCGACACCGCCCCGCACCACGCAGGCACGAGAUCGGCGCCUUCGAGGCGGCCCUGAAGCGCAUGUCUCCUUUGCUCGAGUUGGUCAUCAUCGAUAGAGCUGAGGACGACCUGGGGCCCGCGACGAAACUACUCCCCGCUCUCAAAAGAGAAACGAACCCGUCUACGCGUUUAGUAACGGUCGACGACGACACGACGUAUCAUGAGGAUUUACUACUGGCUUUGGCUCUGGCGGCGGACACGACCAAGGACCCCGUCGCGGUUGGUUUUUGGUGCGAAGAAUUUGGCUGGUCGCCGGAGACGUCCUACUUCUUCAUGCACGCUACUAGACGAAGGGAGUGCCUCGGGAUGGCCGUGGAGGGGUCCUGUCACGGCUGGCUGAGCGGCGUCGGAGGUGUCCUGUUCACUAGAAGUGUCUUCGACGAUUCUGUAUUUAACUACACGUCAAGACCGCGAGGGUGUUGGCUACAUGAUGAUGUGUGGUUUGGAGGCCACGUCGCGGCGCGACAGGACGCGGUGGCUUACCUCAUAGACCCCGGCUUCCACUCGCGCAAGGUGCGGCGCAUCGAGAAGGACCGGUCGCGGUCGUCGUCCUACAGUCAAACGCUCAAGAUGCGGGAGCACGGUCAUGACCCGGAGGCCCAGUGCGCGUCGUCCUUCGACGCGAUGCGCGACGCCGUCCACCGGGGCCACGCGGCGUCCAGACGGCGUCGAAGACGUGCGGCCGCCGAGGCUCGCGCGGCGCGGGGCGCGCGGCGGCGCUUCCGCCACUUCCACCGAGGCGCGUAACCUUCUCUUUUGCUGAUCCACCUUUACUACACAUUGUUAAAUCGAAAGAAAACGGACCAGCGGCGCACGCCAUCGCCGCGGCGCACGUACUACUUCGGCGCGGCGUGGCGCGAAACUCGCGCCUCGCGC